CGAUGCUUCCAAGGAUCUACAACUUGCGCAGCCUCUGAAGACGGCAACGUGAUUCGUCGUUCCAGUCGACACCCUUCGACACCCUAUCGCAUGAAACCAGGUACACAGGCGGCGAUGCCAUCGCCAUCGGCCUGAUGUUGCCAUCAAUGCCCGUCGCGCGGCUGCAACUGAUGUUGCCUCAGCCUCUGCAUAGGCACGCAAGGUGAUCGCGCCGCCUGCAGCGAGCCCGAGCGCUGUCUUUUCGUGAGUCCCUCCUCCAUCUUCGACCACUCUCCACUUCGUUUCUUCCCGGGCUGGGCCCGUUUGUGUUUCGUCUAUACCCUCUCACGUCGUUGUCUCGUCGUGUUCGGCCGGUUUCGAAUCCCACGAUUGACCAAUCGCUCGGUCGGCCUUGAUGGCUGCUUCCAAUGUCACCAUUGACGACUCUUCACCGCUCAUCCUUUACGAUCCUGCGAGCGCGUGGAGCCACCAGGCGGACAGCAACAAUGCGCAAGGGUUCGUGAACGGGACGCAUAGCUCGUCCGACGUCGAGGGCGCGACGGCCAAGUUCUCCUUCACGGGCACAGGCUUCUGGGUGUAUGGCACGAAGAAGGCCAACUACGGGCAGUACCUCCUCAUGCUCGAUAACGAUGUUCAGCUGUUCGGGAACGCGACUGCAUCCCCAGUUGAGUUCGGGCAGGUACUGGGCGGGACGGCGGGGUUGAGCGACGGGCUGCAUACGGUGGUGCUCAUGGCGGCGGGUGGAGGGCCUGUGGACAUUGACGCUGUAAUCUUCGAGACGACGGAUGGGAAGCAAGGCGAUCCUGCGGGUACACAAACGGCGUCUGCUCCCGCCGGCUCCCAGACAGCUGGUCGUAUUUCUGCCAAUCCGCAUGCCAUUGGGGGUCCCAACGCUCCCGUGUCGGGCCAAGACGCUAGCCAGACCGCAACAGCGUCGUCAGCUGACCCGUCUGCGACCGGACAGCUUUCCACCCAGCCCAAUGCUCAGCCUAACGCUCAGCCUAAUGGGCAGCAGUCCUCCGCGGCACAGACGGAUGCCCAGGCCACCGGUCAGCAGGGCACGCAACCCACCGCGCAGCCCAAUGCACAACCAAAUGCGAACCCCAAUGCCAAUGCUUCUGAUUCCGGAUCAUCUCCAACCAGCGCCCAGCCUCAACCGUCGAGCACGACCAGUGCUCCGGGGUCAUCAAUCAGUCAGGCGGAGCAGGCCAACAGAACACCACAGAUCGCCGGGACGUCUCAAGCUCAUAAGGGCCUGCCUCUCGGCGCGAUCAUCGGUAUCGCCAUUGGUGCUGCCAUCCUUCUCCUUUUGGUCGUCGCCCUGGUCCUCUUCCUCCUGCGGCGCCGCCGUCGUGCCUCGGCUGCUCGCAGGAGGAUGACGGCUGGUCUACCCUCUCCCACCCUACCUCUCCAGGAUCCUGAGGGACAGACAGGGUACUUCUUUGGCGGCUACGGUAACGGUAGCACGAAGGGCAGCAACCCGAUGCGCGAGAAAUACCUCGCCACGAAGCUCUUCCCUACUGCUGGGGCGCGGCCUAUCUCGCAGGAGUCGUUCACGUCAGGGGGUCGCACGACGCCGUACUCCGAGAGGAACGCUACGCCGCAGCCGCUGGAGCCGGCAGUCCUGCGGGAUAGCGUGCACACGAACGGGUACGACGUUGCGGAGGCGUAUUCGCAGAUGCCUCCCACUCGCCCGCCGCGUCCCCCAGAGAUGCGGUUGAGCGGUAUGUAAACAUAGUGUCGUCUGCAGGCAGGCAUUGUGUAGCCUAGGGAAUGAAGCGGAUUACCAACGGUCGUGGUCGCAAGUAUGCUGUUAUCGCGAUGUCCGUCAAUUGUAACAACUAGCCAUCUGUUCACGCGUCUGUGGCCCAGCAGCUGCAUCUUACGAUCUGGCAAGGCACGACAUAUCGCUUGUGGGACGUGUAUGCAUGCAUACGUAUACCCGGGCAUCUCUCGAGAAUGGGUCCCAAAUCCUCGACAAGUUGCAUGGACGCCUACAUAGCCA